UCUUGUCUUCCUGUAAUACUUGAAAGUUAGACAGCAGAGCCCAGUGCUGUGGAAUAGGGAGAACUGAAAGUGAAACUGCUGGAAAUUACUGAAAUAAGUGGGAAAAAGGGGGCUAUUACAGAAAUGUUCACAUAAACCAGCCCCUGAUGUACUUUUCAUCCUCUGUGCAUGUGGGGAAAUGUGUGUGCUGAAGGAUAUUCUGAUGUAGGAGAUGCAUCUUCUUCAAGGAAAACUUGAAUAUUCUUCUUUCCUUUUUUCCCUUUCUCCUCCUGUCUUUUCCCCUCUUUGCAAAGAGGCAGUUCUGCUCUUCACUAACCCAAUGACAUUCCACGUUGAGGCAUUUUUCUUCCUGCAGGCUUCUUGUAUUUCCUUGCAACUGCUUUCAGUAUUUUGUCCGGGUGACAUCAGCCCAUGUGGGGAGAGAAAAGCUGAUUUUCAGGCACUCAGGAGCAGCUGUUGAUGGAAGAGUCGGGGACAGAGCGCUGGGACAGCGGGGCAGCGUGAGCCGUGCCCGGGGCACUGGGCCGUUCCCAGGGCACUGUGGGCUGUGCCCAGGACUCUGGGCCGUUCCCAGGGCACUGUGGGCCAUUCCCAGGGCACAGUGGGCCGUGCCCAGGGCUGUGAGCUGAGGCCAUGGCAGGGUUCCUGGACAAUUUCCGCUGGCCGGAGUGCGAGUGCAUCGACUGGAGCGAGCGCCGCAACGCCGUCGCCUCCAUCGUGGCCGGGGUGCUGUUUUUCACAGGCUGGUGGAUCAUGAUUGAUGCUGCUGUGGUGUAUCCCAAGCCGGAGCAGCUGAACCACGCCUUCCACACCUGCGGGGUCUUCUCCACUCUGGCCUUCUUCAUGAUAAAUGCUGUAUCAAAUGCACAGGUGAGAGGAGACAGCUACAGUGAUGGAUGCUUAGGAAGAACAGGGGCUCGGAUCUGGCUCUUCAUCGGCUUCAUGUUGAUGUUUGGCUCCCUCAUUGCUUCCAUGUGGAUUCUCUUUGGGGCAUAUGUCACACAGAACACUAAUGUGUACCCUGGAUUAGCAGUGUUUUUCCAGAAUGCAUUAAUAUUUUUCAGCACCCUGAUCUACAAGUUUGGGAGAACAGAAGAGCUGUGGGGCUGAGCUCCCUGCUGCACAGCUGCACAGCUGCCCCGUGGUUCUUGUCUGUAGAUAAUUCCCAGUCCUUUGUCCUUGGUUUGCUUCCCAGCCUGGUGGGACUGAGACGAUUCCAGGCUCUGUCCGAAGCUCCUCCUGUGCCAGGACACACGUGGGAAUAUGUCCCAGACAGGACAGGAUCUGUCAUUUCCAAGGGAAGGGCAGGCUGCCAGGCUUUCCUGCUCCAGCUCCAGCUCCAAAUUUCUCCUGCAGAUCCCUGCCUUCCCUCAGCUUCCUCCUGCACAGCUCCACCCGUGCCCGAGGCUUCCGUGAGCAGUUAGUGAGCAAACAGGACAGAGCCCAUCCCACAGCAGGGGCCCUGCUGGGAUCAGAGCUGAUUUUAAACAUUUUAUAUUAUUGUUCAGGUAAAAAAUAAAGUAGAUUUUUUUUUCUUCUUCUUUUGGUAAAAGGUUUUGGGUUUUUAAGCAAGUCCCUACACUCAGCAGGUUGUGCAUGGCAAAGCAAAGUAUUCCUGACUUGUGAUGGCUCUGGCACAAAGGACAUUUGCUGGCACCACAGUCCUUGGAAUUAAUUUCAUGCUGCUCAGUGUAAGAGAUACCAGUUGGUAUUUAAUGUAUUUCCUGAUAUUAGAAUAAAAAACUCCAACAAACUGA